AUGGGUUCAUCUGACGAGUUCCAUCAUGCCGAUCACGUUAACUAUGCCUCAACUUUGAGUAAGGAGGAAAUCCUCGAGCAGCUUUUGCUAUCUUAUGAAGCACUAUCUGAAGAGCAGACCAAUUGGGUUUGUAAUUUAUCCAACGCUUCGUCUUUAAUCUGGCAUGCCUACACGUCAUUAGGAAUUAGUGUGAAUUGGGCCGGAUUUUACGUUACUCAGGGUAGUGAAGAAAACGCACUAUUAUUAGGCCCAUUUCAAGGUAAAGUCGCGUGCCAAAUGAUACGAUUUGGUAAGGGUGUUUGUGGAACUGCGGCCUCUACAAAGGAGACACAGAUAGUUCAAGAUGUUAACAAAUAUCCUGGGCAUAUUGCAUGCGACGGAGAAACGAAAAGCGAGAUUGUUGUUCCCAUCAUAUCCAGUGAUGGCAAGACAUUAGGUGUCAUAGAUAUAGAUUGCUUAGAUUACAGAGGAUUUGAUGAAGUAGAUAAAGAAUUUCUUGAAAAACUUGCUAAAUCAAUAAAUAAAUCGUGCAUUUUUUUUAAAUAG